CCUGAAGAAGAUGAUGAGGAGGAGGAGAAGAAGCAGCUGUUUAUCUUCAGUCAGCACGGUUCAUAUGUACCUCAAUAGUCAGCACAGGAUUUACGUGGUUUUCAGCUUGAAAUGGCAAUGAGUCAGUUUCCUUUCUGCGUAAUAGCCUAGAAACGCUAAAGAUUCGGUGUUGCACGUCUGGACCAAAGGCUCCGGUUGUCUUCGUCGCUGUUCUGGUGCUUUACGGUGCAGAAGGAUAUGGUUUUCUCAUCGUCCCAGCAAGUGGUGGUCGCAUUUACAGCGGUGCUGUUUGCGUUUGUGGUGUUCCCUAGAAUGUUCGGCGUAGGAUCCGGAGCGAAGGAAACAAGAGGUUUUGAUGCACGCUACAACAGAAAAGCGGGUCCAGGACCAGGUGCAGUGAGAGGGCAGCUGGUCAACAAGAACACUGCUGGCUCCAUGAGCAAAGCACAGACCCUGGAGAACAUGCAGCAGAUGAAGGUGAUGAUGGAGCAGGAGAUGAAGGGUGACAAAUACAAAACCAACAGCAACAAGGGCUACGUGUUCACGCUGAUGCCGCUCUACGCCAUCGGAGUCGGCCUCUUUGCAGCGUACAAAUUUCUGAAGAUCAAGUCUGCAGAUGACUCCCAAGCCCAAAAGAACAAGGAUGCCAAAGGUCCCAAGAAGUCGGAGGAGACAGAGAAUCAGCUUACAGAGCUGGAGCAGCGGCUCGCGCAAACAGAGAAGAUGCUCAACUCCAUUCUGACCCAACUGGACCCAUUGACAAGUUGUGUCAAGUCUGUGGCCCAGGAACAGAAGAACGAGAUCAUGUCCCAACUCCAGUCCAUCCGCCACUUGAUGAAGAAGAGAGGCAUGGACUGUCCACCCCUUAACAUUGAAGAGCCGCAGUGCGAAAGGAACCUGGAUGACCUCAUCGAGUCUCUGGCAGCCCACGGCCACACCUCGCCAGAGCUGGUUGCUCCUGCGGAAGACUAUCAAAGUGGUGUGGUGAAAGAGGAGCCAGUCCACCAGCAGCACCACCCUGAAUCCAAGGAUGAGCACUCAGUGACCGACGCUGAGGAGGAGGACAUGCCCUCCUUGGAGGAUUCUUGUGAGACAAACAUUGAGGACAUAGGCCGAGCCCAGAACAUUCCAGAAGAAAUGCCUACAACUGGGCUCAGACGACGCAACAGGCUGGAAUGAACAGAAAAAAGGGGGUUGUUUUAAACUGUACAUGAAUAAAGCCAUAUGUGUAUUUUCUCAUUCUUAAGCAGUCUGUUCAGUAAUGCUCUGGCUUUUGGCUCACAGUUGAAUAAGAAAGGGCAGCUAUCAAUGUGAAAGAAUUUUGUCUAAGGUUGUGUGUGAUGAAGGUGAUAUUAUUUUUUUUUCUUCUUGUGUUCCAUCCCUUAAAGCAUAGCAGAUCCCUGGCUAGGCCAAUGUGUAGGGUUAGGACUUACUCCUGACAAAUAAAAUCCCCAGAAGCCUAACUCCAUAUAACAUUUGACUUAGGUCUGGAGGUUUUCCUUGUCAGGCCCCAAGUAUGAGUCCUGAGUUUUCCAUCCUUGAACCAAAUGUUAGUUAGUAUGUAAGGCACCUGUAAAUGUGCUUUCAUCACGUGACUGCUGCUUGGAAACCCUGUAAUUCAUUAUCUGCUGCCAUCUUUUAGAAGCGGUCAUUUCGGCCCUAAAUAUCAAGACCUCAAAGUGUGUUAUGCAAUCUUGCAACUGCCAUCUGUAUGUCAUAGAAUAGUCAAAAUAAAAAUAUGUCAAACAUAGUUAACUAUAAA